AUGCCGAGCUCCUCCAAAUCUACCCCCAAGCUUCCCACAGUAUCUGUUGUUGUACCCAGAAUGGUAAUACCGCCAAACAAGGUUCCCCCCAAAGGAUCCAAUAAUUCGAAGGAAGGAAACAGUGGACCAAACAAACAAAGUAAACAGCAAAAUAUGAGCAACACAGUCAUUACAGUCCAGAGCGAGCCAAGCAACGCUAAACCCAGUAUCGUGGAUAGUGUUGUCAACGUGAACGAGGCCUCGAGCAAUGAGAUUUCCGAAUCUGAAAUGCGGCUCGUAUCUUCUCUGGCGAAACUCCAGAAAUUAGAGGCAAUGGUUCAUCAACUACGUGAUCUUCUUCCAGAUCGUCUAUUAGACCCCAUGCUGCCAAUUGUAAAUCCCAAUGCAGUUGCAGGGAGACAGGUGCCAAAGUCACCCCAGAUGCUGUACGAACAACUUUCUAAAGCGGCCCGUGCCGGUGUUGCAGAGGUCAAGGAGUUUCAAUCCAUGUGGCGGGCUCCUGAAAUGAAGACCAUUUGGGAGCUCGUCGAUGUACGGAUCAAAGAAAACGGUGGACAGUUGCUACAGCCCUCUGGUGUAUGGGAAAGUGACUAUGACACCCUUCUUGAAGAACUUGUCAAGGAGCGGGAGAAGAAGAACGAGGAGCAACGUAAAUCCGAGGAGGAACUGGAGCGUUCCAGAGUUCAAUCGACCGAAGGCGGUUGGAGAGCAAUCGUGGAGAGCUUCGCCAUGAGGAACGUGCCAGGUGUUCGUGUGAUUCCUAGUAAGAAUGAGGCGUCUAUCAUUGUUACGCUUGCAAAGGCUGGAAUGUCUUUCAAAGUGCACACGAUCGGUGAACCUCAAGCAAACAAUGCGCCUGACUGGCAAGUGGUAAAUAAGGCGGCUCUUGGACAACCUCGGUCAGAGCUGGAGAAGGCGAUUACCGACUGCCUGAAUGCCCGGCCUCGGCAAUGGGACCUCGUUUAUCUACUUGAUAUGAUAUCUUCCUAUUCUAGCAUCAAACAAACCCCAUGCAUAAAAUGCAGCAAAGUGACCGACACAGCAGCCCGUCUUCCAACUAUCCGCCAACACAAAUCCACCCCUUCAUUCGAAGGACAACCGCCAUUUUCAACCUGGGAAGCCUACCACACCGGCUGUGUCUGA